UCAGGUGCACGUUAGAGAAAACCACCAGAAAAGUAGACAUUCUUGGUCGCUACACAACCGGGCAACACCAGGAGAGAGGGGAAAUAAGAGAGCUCGCGAAACUGGAGUGAGAAAGGGUUCGAUUGUAGACGCAGAAAGUAAGAGAGAGACGACUCAGAAGAUCAUCGUGUCCGCGAAUCUAGGGUUUUGCGCUCGUCGAUUUUUCAAAAUCAUACGUCCUCAUACUCAACGCCUCAAAUGCGAAGACUCCGAAUCAUUUUCAUGGAUAUUCAAAUCAGGAGGUUCAAUUCUGAUAAAGAAUUUGUAUGCCUAAAUUUGAUGAGGAUGAACAGCAAGUGCACUUGUAAUUGUGGCAAGUGCCUCGUCUUGGUGUUACAUUGACUUUGAAACGCAGUAACUGAUCCAAUUAAAAUGGAAGAAGAAGAGGAAGAUAGAGUUCUGUUAAGCAGUUUGGGCAUCGCAUCUGCAAAUCCGGAAGAUAUCGAGCGUGACAUAUUAGAAGAGGCAAAAAACAAUGCAGAUGAUAACAUUGAAGCUGGGGGGAGUGCAAAUGAGGAACUAUAUGACAGAACAAAAAGCAAUGAGUCCUCAUCUACCAGCCAUACAGAACUCUAUAAUAAACUGAGAGCAGUUGAAAUUGAAAUAGAUGCUGUUGCAUCUGCUGUUCAACAAGUAAAGAAUUUUGCAGGGAAUGAAGAGCAUGUUCCUGACAACGAGGAUGAUAGGAAGCACGGAGACAUAGAGGAUCAACAAGAAGUUGGUCAGCCUUCUCCCAAUGACUUUAGCCUUCAGCAUGCCCUUGCCAGUGAUCGACUAAGAAGCCUGAAGAAGACAAGGACUCAACUUGAGAAAGAGAUUUCAAAUUUGUACAAGGAUGACCCUUCGAAGGGUAGUAAGCAUGACAAAGUGAUACAAAAUCUUGUUAAGGAAGAAUCAAGACCCAAGCGAAGGUUGAAACAUGUUCAGAAAUUAAGCAAAAAUACAAAAAAGCGGCAUAAAACAGUUCCAUUUGAUGAGGAUAAUGAUUUUGAUGCAGUCAUAAAUGCAGCAUCUGCAGGAUUUGUUGAAACAGAAAGGGAUGAGUUGGUUCGGAAGGGAAUUUUGACCCCUUUUCAUAAGCUCAAGGGCUUUGAACGCCGUAUCCAAGAACCUGGGCCAUCUAAUAGGCUCGAAGUAAUCGAGGAAGUAGACAAGAGUGAAGAUCUUGCUUCCAGCAGCAUAGCUAGAGCUGUCCGGUCAAUAUCAGAGGCCGCACAAGCUCGCCCUACUACAAAGUUGCUUAAUUCAGAAUUGCUGCCAAAACUUGAUGCACCCACUCACCCUUUUCAAAGGCUUAAAAUACCAUUGAAAAUCCAUGACAGUAAGGCAGAGAAGAGCAAAGAUAAAAGAAGGAUAAAGAGAAGACCAUUGCCCGACAAGAAGUGGAAAAAGUUAGCUUCUCGUGAGGAAAAGCUUUUCGAAGGAAAAGAUGAGGCCAAGACCUCCAGCUAUGAAGAAGAUCUUGAGGAUGUGGAUGAGGAUGAGCCUUCUUUUGUGACACUUGAAGGUGGACUGAAAAUCCCCGAAGCAAUUUUCAGCGAACUUUUUGACUACCAAAAGGUCGGCGUACAAUGGUUGUGGGAACUUCAUUGUCAAAGAGCUGGUGGAAUCAUUGGAGAUGAGAUGGGUCUUGGUAAAACCAUCCAGGUCUUAGCUUUCCUCGGAGCCUUGCAUUUCAGUUGCAUGUACAAACCAAGCAUUAUCAUCUGUCCUGUCACCCUCUUGCAACAGUGGAAGAGGGAAACACUGAAAUGGUACCCAAACUUUCAUGUGGAGCUACUACAUGAUUCUGCUCUGGAUCCAACUAGUAGAAAGAAGCGAGCCAAAUCUUAUGGAAGUGAUUGUGAAAGUGGAGAUUCACUUGACAGUGAUACUGAAGGAAAUCUAAAUUCAAGGAACUCCAAAAAGUGGGAUUAUUUGAUUAAUCGUGUUUUGACAUCAGAAAAUGGGUUACUGAUUACCACUUAUGAACAACUACGGUUGGUAGGGGAACAACUGCUUGACAUUGAAUGGGGUUAUGCAAUAUUAGAUGAAGGACACCGCAUACGGAAUCCGAAUGCAGAAAUUACUCUGGUUUGCAAACAACUACAGACAAUUCAUCGUAUAAUCAUGACUGGUGCACCGAUUCAGAACAAGCUGAAUGAAUUGUGGUCUUUGUUUGAUUUUGUCUUCCCUGGAAAGUUGGGAGUCCUGCCUGUAUUUGAAGCCGAAUUUGCUGUUCCCAUAUCUGUUGGCGGCUAUGCAAAUGCAUCGCCUUUGCAAGUAUCCACGGCUUACCGGUGUGCUGUGGUUUUACGUGACUUGAUCAUGCCUUACCUCCUCCGGCGAAUGAAGGCUGAUGUCAAUGCGCAGCUUCCGAAGAAGACUGAACAUGUCCUCUUCUGCAGUCUUACCUCCGAGCAGCGAUCUGUUUACCGAGCAUUUCUUGCUAGCUCUGAGGUUGAACAAAUUUUUGAUGGCAGCAGAAACUCCCUUUCCGGAAUUGACGUGAUGCGCAAAAUUUGCAACCACCCUGAUCUGCUGGAGAGAGAACAUUCUUGCAGGAAUCCUGAUUACGGGAAUCCUGAACGCAGUGGAAAAAUGAAAGUUAUUACCCAAGUGCUAAAAGUGUGGAAGGAACAGGGUCAUCGUGUUCUCCUUUUCACACAGACACAACAGAUGCUUGAUAUUCUUGAGCAUUUUCUGGGUUCUGGUGGCUACAAUUACCGGAGAAUGGAUGGCCUCACUCCUAUAAAACAGAGAAUGACCUUGAUAGAUGAAUUUAACAAUUCAGAUGAUGUCUUCAUCUUUAUUCUGACAACGAAGGUUGGAGGUUUGGGAACCAAUUUAACUGGCGCUAAUAGAGUGAUCAUCUUUGAUCCUGAUUGGAACCCUUCAACUGACAUGCAGGCCAGGGAGCGUGCUUGGCGUAUUGGUCAGACAAAAGAUGUGACAGUUUAUAGAUUAAUUUCCCGUGGAACUAUAGAAGAGAAAGUGUAUCACCGACAGAUUUACAAACACUUUCUCACUAACAAAAUAUUGAAGAAUCCACAGCAGAGAAGAUUUUUUAAAGCGCGAGAUAUGAAGGAUCUCUUCACGCUAAAUGAUGAUGGAGAGGGUGGCUCUACUGAAACGUCAAGUAUUUUCAGUCAGGUAUCUGAAGAUGUAAACAUUGUUGGGACUCAUAAGCAUAACCGGGAUAAGCAAAAAUCUGUGAAGGCAACAGCAGAAAGAGCUAAUGAUUCUGCAGCACAAGCCGAAAGGAAGGGGAAAGAAAAAUCGGAUCACAGCAAUGGGGAAGUAGAUGAAGAAACAAACAUUUUGCGGAGUCUUUUUGAUGCCCAUGGGAUUCAUAGUGCUGUGAACCACGAUGUAAUCAUGAAUGCUCAUGAUGAAGAGAAAAUGAGGCUUGAGGAGCAAGCUUCCCAGGUUGCACAAAGAGCAGCAGAAGCACUACGCCACUCCCGAUUGCUUCGAAGCCAAGAUAGUGUAGCUGUCCCCACCUGGACUGGCAAAUCAGGAGCUGCUGGUGCACCAUCAUCUAUUCGGCAGAAAUUUGGCUCUGCUGUGAAUGUCCAAUUGAUUAGUAAUCCCAAACCUUCGGAUGAACUGCCCAACAAUGAAGCAAGAGGGCUUAAUGGUUUUGCAGCUGGGGCUUCUGCUGGUAAAGCAUUAUCUUCGGCCGAGUUGCUAGCUAGAAUUAGGGGAAACCAAGAGAGAGCAGUUAGCGAUGGGCUUGAACAUCAGCUAGGCUUGGCUUCAAGCUCUACUGAUAGAGUAAAUUCUGCAGUUAACGGAUCUUCUAGGGCAUCUAGGAACUUACCUGGGGUUCAGCCUGAAGUCUUGAUUCGUCAGAUCUGUACGUUUAUACAAAGAAGUGGCGGAAGUACUAAUUCAGCCAGCAUAGUGAAUCAUUUCAAGGACAGAAUACCCCCAAAGGAUCUGCCCUUAUUUAAGAAUCUUUUGAAGGAAAUAGCCACAUUGGACAAAAGCUCUAAUGGGUCUUCUUGGGUUCUAAAGCCAGAGUAUGGAGAACAUUGAUUUUUUUUUUUUUGCUUGUGCUACAACGGGUAUGUGGUGGUUAUGCAAUUUUUGAAGAGCUAAAGAUUCCUGGACCUUUUGUUGGAUUCAACAAUUUUUCAGUCACUUUUCUGCCGGGAGUAAAUGGGUCCCUUACAGUUGUGACUUUAUGAUUGCUAAAAAUGGUAUAUUACGAGACUAUUCAUAAUAUGGGAUUGCUGCGCAUCUGUGAUUGUUGGUAAAGUGCUUUGAAAUUGGCUGGUCGCUCCUUAUUUUUGUAAUUUUACAUUCAGCCUUGGCCUACUGCGGCUUUUAUAAUGGAUCUGAUGUUAAAACGGGUAAGGAAGGGACAUUUGAAUCUCUGGGUAUGGGUGGUAGACGUGUAGUACAUCUGACUAUGCUCUUGCUUUUUAGAUAGAAACGUAAUGUUGAAAACCAGGGAUGA